UCCGGCCGCCGGCAUCCCAGCGUUCCCCACCGGCGCAGGGGGACCGCUCUUGCCGGCGCAGCGACUCGCUGGCGUCAGCAGGCUGCGGAGGCGGAAGAUGGCGGCGGCGGCCUGGCGGCCGUGAGUAUCGCGGCGGCGGCGAGGGCGGCUGAUGGCGGCCGGGAGGCGCCCUUGGGGACCCGCGGGCCAUUAGAGCGCGACGCUGGGCGGCAUGUCGGAGCACGCAGCGCCCGGGGCCCCGGGGCCUGGGCCCAACGGUGGUGGCGGUGGCGGCGGCCCGGCCCCCGCACGCGGGCCCCGCACCCCCAACCUCAACCCCAACCCACUCAUCAACGUGCGCGACCGGCUCUUCCACGCUCUCUUCUUCAAGAUGGCUGUGACCUACUCGCGGCUCUUCCCGCCCGCUUUCCGCCGUCUCUUCGAGUUCUUCGUGUUGCUCAAGGCCCUGUUCGUGCUCUUCGUGCUGGCCUAUAUCCACAUUGUCUUCUCCCGCUCGCCCAUCAACUGCCUGGAGCACGUGCGUGACCAGUGGCCGCGUGAGGGCGUCCUGCGCGUGGAGGUGCAGCCGAACUCCAGCCGCGCACCCGUCUUCCUGCAGUUCUGUGCCGGUGGCCGCAGCAGCUUCCCCAGCCUGGCCGCAGCGCCCGGCCUGGAGCUGGAAGAGGAGGACGAGGAGGAGGAGGAGCUGACCAUGGAGAUGUUUGGCAACCGCUCCAUCCAGUUUGAGCUGGACAUCGAGCCCAAGGUGUUCAAGCCACCUGAUGCCCCCGAGGCCCUGAAUGACAGCCAGGAGUUCCCCUUCCCUGAGACACCCUCUAAAGCGUGGCCGCAGGACGAAUACAUCGUGGAGUACUCGCUGGAGUACGGCUUCCUGCGCCUGUCCCAGGCCACACGGCAGCGACUCAGCAUCCCGGUCAUGGUGGUCACCCUGGACCCCACACGGGACCAGUGCUUCGGAGACCGCUUCAGUCGCCUGUUGCUGGCUGAGUUCCUGGGCUAUGAUGACAUCCUCAUGUCCAGUGUGAAGGGCCUGGCUGAAAAUGAGGAGAACAAGGGCUUCCUGCGGAAUGUGGUGUCCGGUGAGCACUACCGCUUCGUGAGCAUGUGGAUGGCCCGCACAUCCUACCUGGCUGCCUUUGUCAUCAUGGUCAUUUUUACCCUGAGUGUGUCCAUGCUGCUCCGCUACUCCCACCACCAGAUCUUUGUCUUCAUUGACCUGCUGCAGAUGCUGGAGAUGAACAUGGCCAUCGCCUUCCCCGCGGCACCCCUGCUGACCGUCAUCCUGGCCCUCGUGGGGAUGGAGGCCAUCAUGUCAGAGUUCUUCAAUGACACCACCACCGCCUUCUACAUCAUCCUCAUCGUGUGGCUGGCUGACCAGUAUGAUGCUAUUUGCUGCCACACCAACACCAGCAAGAGACACUGGCUGCGGUUCUUCUACCUGUACCACUUCGCCUUCUAUGCCUACCACUACCGCUUCAAUGGUCAGUACAGCAGCCUGGCCCUGGUCACCUCCUGGCUCUUCAUCCAGCAUUCCAUGAUCUACUUCUUCCACCACUACGAGCUGCCGGCCAUCCUGCAGCAGAUCCGAAUCCAGGAGAUGCUGCUGCAAACACCACCGCUGGGCCCAGGCACCCCCACGGCGCUGCCUGACGACCUCAACAACAACGGGGGCACCCUGGCUACUGCCCCUGACCCUGCUGGCCAGCCCCCUGCCCUGGGCCCUGGCUCGGCAGGUGUUGGUGGGGUCCCUGCGCCCGUGGCCGAGGCACCCAGCUCUCUCGUGGCUGCAGCAGCCUCUGUGGCUGCAGCAGCCAGUGGGGACCUGGGUUGGAUGGCGGAGACAGCCGCCAUCAUCACAGACGCCUCCUUCUUGUCCGGCCUGAGCGCCUCCCUCCUGGAGCGGCGGGCAGCUGGCCCCCUGAGUCCAGGUGGGGGGCUCCCUCGGGAUCCCCAGGCCCCCCUGGACAGUGCCCUCCCAAACGAUUCCUCAGCACCUGACACAGCCCCUCUGGCUGCCGGGGUGAGUGGGCCCAGCCCUGAGUCCAUGACCCCAGCAGAUUCGCCCUCGGAGGCCGGCUCCUGAGUCCUUGGCAGCUGAGCACCUCAGUCCCUGGCUCUCCAGGCUGGCUGGGCGUGACCUGGCUGGGGACCUUGGAGGAUCAGGGAGGCAGUCACCGGUGUCUCUGGGACUGCCCAGCUUGCGUUGUGGUGUUGGGGUCCAUCUGGUUUGCUCAGGGGUGGGCUCCUCUUCCCUGGGCUUGUGCCUGCCUGUAGCCUAUCCCUGCCACGUUUAUAGUGGGCCCCCUCAGCCUGCACAUUGAGGCAGGCCGUUGAAUCGGGGCAGGAGGUGGGGGCGGGGACUCCAUGGAAGGUUCUGGAAGGGGCUGGUGAAAGGUCUGGAACGAGGUGUACUUAGGGGCAGAGCCUGGCAGGUCUCUGAGCCAGGUGAACACGGGUGGGGGUUGGCUGCUCGGCUGGUGCUCGUCGUGCACAGUGCCUUUUCCACGGCCCGUGCCCCCCCCCCCCGUGUGUGUGUGUGUGUGUGUGUGUGUGUGUGUGUGUGUGCGCGCGCGCGCCAGGGCUGGGGUCCAGGGAGGGCAGGGCUGGUGCCUCUGGCAGAGGGAUGCCAACGGUGAAGGCAGUAGCGGGGUAGCGCUAGGGGCCAGCCGUGCUGGGGCGGGAGAGCGGCCAAACCAAGUGACUCCGUGAGGACUGCGGAGCGCUCAUUCCGUUCUGUUUAAUUGCAGUGUACGAAAUUGUGUUUGUAUAUAGAAUAAACUUGACAGCGCC